AUGACUUAUUUUAUGAUUUUUCUUGGGGUUAGCUUUAUACUGGGGACUUUAGCUGUGGCAUCUAAUCCUUCUCCUUAUUAUGGGGUGGUGGGAUUAGUAUUAGCGUCUGUGGUUGGGUGUGGGUGGUUGAUGAGUCUAGGGGUUUCUUUUAUUUCUUUGGCGUUGUUUAUGAUUUAUUUGGGGGGUAUGUUGGUGGUUUUUGUUUAUUCAGUGUCUUUGGCUGCUGAUCCUUAUCCUGAGGCAUGGGGGAGCUGGCGGGUAGUGGGGUAUGGGUUGGGUUUUGUGUUGGUAGUUUGUGCGGGGGUAGUUUUAGGGGGGCUUGUUGAGUUCUGAAAGGUGGGGGCUGUUACUGUUGAUGGUGGGGGAAUAUCUUUUAUGCGGUUGGAUUUUAGUGGGGUUGCAGUGUUUUACUCGUGGGGUGUAGGCUUAUUUUUGGUGGCGGGGUGGGGUUUAUUGUUGGUUCUGUUUGUUGUGUUAGAGCUUGUGCGUGGGCUGUCUCGGGGGGCAAUUCGGGCAGUUUAG